AUGGGUGUUUGGAAUUUGGAAAUAUUCGAUGAGGUAAGACGAAUGAACGUCAGGCAGCUGCUGUAUCAAGGCCUGAACUUUGCAAUGAUAGUAUCCUCAGCUUUGAUGAUUUGGAAAGGCUUGAUGGUUAUUACCGGUUCCGAAAGUCCUAUUGUGGUUGUGUUAUCAGGUUCAAUGGAGCCUGCGUUUUACAGAGGUGAUUUGCUGUUGCUAACAAAUGAUGACUCAGACCCGAUUAGAGCCGGCGACAUUACGGUCUUUAAAAUUGAGGGACGUGAUAUUCCGAUUGUGCAUCGAGUCAUUAAAGUCCAUGAGAAAAGCAACGAAGAAACAAAAUUCUUGACGAAAGGAGAUAAUAAUCAGGUUGACGACCGAGGCCUAUAUGCAUCGGGGCAGUUUUGGCUGACUCGAAAAGAUGUUGUUGGUCGAGCAAAGGGACUCAUACCCUAUGUUGGAAUGGUCACAAUAUUGAUGAAUGAUUAUCCCAAAUUUAAAUACGCGGUUUUGAUUGCUCUAGGUGCUUUCGUCAUUUUGCAUAGAGAAGGAUAG